AUGAAGCGCUUCUCCAUCCCCGAUCCGCGCCAGCUGCUCAGCGUGCGGACGCGCUUCUCCUACGAAAAGCUGCCCGGCGGAGACAGCCAGAGCAACUCACCACUCUUCUCGUCUCUCCCGGCGAAAUGGCGCCAAGACCCUCGCCAGUGGCGCUUUGGGUGGCCUCGCGUGACCCUCACGCGCAUUGUUGGACUCCUCAUUGUGAUCGUGCUGGUAGCCACUUCGACUGGAAUUGGUCUCUACAGGACACAUCUGCGCCAUGAAGAGGAGAGGAGGAGAGGACUGCGCCAUCCGUACCAUUGGGAGAGCUUCCCUCGACUCAAUGGCUUCUACAGCGGCAUCUACAAUCUCGUCCCGCCCUCCGACUUGGUCCCUGAGCAGGCGGUCGUGAGAAAUGCUACAGCCUACAAGGUUGCAGCGCCAAAGUACACCCCGCCCGCCAUCAAGGAGCCUCCGCUGGAUCCCGAGAUCUUCAACCCCUACCCCGAUUACAAAUCUCUGGACUAUCUCGAGACGCACAGCCCCGUGCAGCCGUGCUUCUUGGACGAGGAGAAGAAGGUCGAGCUUCCAGAUGUCUACGUCUACCCGGGAAUACCACAGAACAUGACAGACCCCUCCUUCGGAUCCUACAAGGAGCUCGGAUUGAAUAGCAAGGUCUGCUAUGAUCGAUUUUCCCGCUACGCAACGUACGGCUACGGCUUCUCCAAGGAAGAGGGUGGACUCGGCAUGUCGGGCAAGUCCGAGGCUGUAGGCGCCGACAAAAUUUGGCGUCUGGAGAAGAAGGUGGACUACAGGAACGUCAAGUGGGCGAAGGCGCAGCAAACGUGUUAUGAGAAGAACAAGAUCCGUUUUGACAAGACCGCGGUCAAUGCCGAGGGUCAAAAGCCUGAUCAAAGCAAGAAGACGCUUCCCCGACACGCCUACAUUCUGCGGACUUGGACGGGCUACAAGUGGACAGACUAUCAAAUGCUAGCUCUGCGUGCCAUGAUCAGCGAGCUCAGUCUCAAAUCUGGCGGCGAGUACGAUAUCCACUUCCUCGUCCAUGUCAAGGACGACAGUAUACCAAUCUGGGCGUCCGACGAGGUAUAUCAGAAGACAUUGCAGGACAAUGUUCCCGAAGAAUUCUGGGGCAUGGCAACGCUGUGGUCUGAGCAGCAGAUGAAGAUGUUCUACCCAGAGCCGUUCCCAGACAACGUCUUCAACCAUGCCAAAGCCCCAAUCCACUCCGUAUAUCGCAGCGCACAUUUUGCUCUCCAGUGGUUCUCUCAAUUCCGCCCCGAGUACGACUUCUACUGGAACUGGGAAAUGGAUCUCCGGUACACUGGUCACUAUUACGAGUUCAACACCCAAGUCGGCGAAUGGGCCAAGCGACAACCCCGUAAGGGCAUCUGGGAGCGUAAUUCCCGCUACUUCAUUCCGGACCUCCACGGAUCCUGGCAGAAUUUCACCGAGCUCGUCGAGGAAGAAGUUCUCCAGUCAGAGGAAGAGCCAGUCUGGGGACCACCAGAGUUCGAGAACCGGGGAAUGAUUGCUCCGCCCGAGGACAGCCAGCCUCCUAGAAAUUACUCCCAGGACAACUACGAAUGGGGUGUGGGCGAGGAUGCCGAUCUGAUCACGUUCAAUCCAAUCUUCGACCCCGCCAAGACGAAUUGGGUUUUCCGAGAGGACGUUACAGGGUACGACCUCAACAUGCCAAUUCCGCCCCGCCGAUGUGCAAUCAUUACUGUAUCGCGUCUUUCUAAGCGUCUUCUUGAUAUUAUGCACAAAGAGACGUACCAUAUGCGACAUCACAUGUUCCCUGAAAUGUGGCCUCCGAGUGUCGCAUUCCACCACGGCCUCAAAGCUGUUUACGCACCGCAUGCUGUAUAUUUCGACCGCAACUGGCCACUUGAAACCCUCGAUAAGACCUUCAACUACCCACCUGUACCCGAAGAGAGUGUCUUUGGCUGGGGGGAACACAACCAGCUUGGCAGCAGCUUCUACUACAACUCGGGAUUCUCUUCUGCCCUUUGGAGACGCUGGCUGGGCUCGAAAGAGAACCAAGAAGGCGGUAAUGCGGAAGAAAUGGCCGAUGCUGGACGCAUGUGCCUUCGCCCUAUCCUCUUCCAUCCCAUCAAGAAGGAGUAUGGCACCGAAGCUGACCAGGGACCGCCAUGA